AUAGGAGACCCCACACCAACUGAGAAUAUCAAAUACCCGUGUGUUGUCAAGGCAAGCAAAGGAGAAGAUUCCAAAUCAGUGCGCCUGGUAAAGGACAAACAGUCUCUAGAUGCAGCUGUUAAGCAUGCGCUGACUUAUUCGAAUCAAGUAAUCAUUGAAAGGUACAGGUUGUCUAGGUUAUAUAGUUCAAAAACGUAAAACGUUGAAGAGGACUUUGCUGAGGUCAUUCAGUGACUCAUCCUUAUUACUGCCUAAGUUUCGAUUUUUAACCCUUUAAACCCUAACAUCAAAAUUCAGAUUCUCACUUGUUAUCCUUAUACGUUUUCAAUAGAAGUAGUUGGGAGAAUUUGUUGAAGUAUCAAUGAGAUUCAUCUUGUGUGAUCAUGUCCGUAAUUCUCACGACCACUCUGUUUUACAAAGCAUUGAUAUUACAAGGAGAAAUUUGACGCUCAUCACUCUUAGGGCUUAAAGGGUUAAUAUUAAAAUUUUUCGUUCGCACAAAGAAUAUUGGAUUCAGUAUCAGAGAGAAUGCCCGAUAUGGUAGAUAUCUGCGGAAAAAAAAUUAAUCCAAGUCGAACACAGUCAACAUUAAAAAAGGGGUCCCUUUCACAGAAAGGUUGAUGUGCGCAAAGCAUCGUACGAUAUCACCCGUUUCAUUGGUUAACCUGGUGAGGUAUCACCGCCAGACACUUACCCCUUAAUUAAAGGUUUUUGAAGGGAUUGGCCAAAGCUUAGCCCGUAACAGGCAAGAAAAGAGGGCAAAAAUAAAAAAAGGCGGCGUGGAUACCAAGGUUUGCCUUGUUAUAAGCUAUUAAAAGCAUGUUUGUGCCGUUUUACUUGUACAGAUUCAUAGAAGGACGGGAGAUUCGGUGCGCUGUAGUAAAAUCAGAAAAAACCGGAGAUAUACAGGCCUUGUCGUGUAUGGAAUACAACGUACGUCAAGAUGACAUUCGUAAAACCGAGGAUAAGUAUUUCUGCAAUGAAAAAGGAUUACCUAUUAGUGAGUACCCCUUUUUUUCAUUCCUUAACAAAGUCAAAAUCGUAAAUCUUCCUCGAUCACAUUCAUAUAACACAUGUCAAGUUUAUUACUGAGUAACCAAAUAUAUGAAUAGUCAAUAGGUAGUAUCUGAGUCACACGUAGACCAGUCCUAUGUAAACCCCAAUACAAAUCAACUGACUAUCGGAAUUAUUGCAAAGUAGACAGGGGUAUAGCCGCUUUCGACAAGUAGUAGGCCUCGCUGACAUUUCCACACAUCCUGAAAAUUGGUCGCAUGACCAGUACGCACUGACUUCACCAACACUUUGAGCUCUUUAAGCUUUUUACCUCACCCCAGCAACGCAUACUUUGUUGCAAGCGGUAGAGUGAUCAAACCAAAAUUUGUAGGUCCGGGCCUACAUUUUCAGGUCUAUGUGCUGGCUACGCCCCUAGUAGAAUUGACAUCAACGUAUUAGCAAUUUCUUUUCUCUAGGCAAGAAAAGCAAUAAAAAAAGUUUAUGUUCACCGUCAGGCUGUCGCUGGUAGUAAACUUAUUAAGAUGAUUUUUAUGUAUUUACCUAUUUGUCUCUCUAUAGGCAAGCCACCAAAUGCUAAGACUUGGUUUCUUGACCCUGCAGAGGAAGCUGACCUAAUAAACCGCAUCCAGCAGCAAAGUCGUCGAGUUUUUCAAGAGUUAGACCUGCAGGACUUUGGCCUUUUCGACUUCCGGGUAGACCUCGAAGGAAAUCCAUUUUUUCUGGAAUGUAACCUGUUCUGUUCGUUUGGUUCUCAGAGUGUGCUUAAUGUAAUCGCUAAGAAUUCUGGUUUUACCGAUGAAAGUUUGUUUGAUUUAAUGGUUCAGAACGCUUUGUUACGGAAAGAGAAGAUUUACUGA